UUCGGGUUAAUUAUCAAUCCGCGAAUAAGUAUGAAAAUGGCCCAAGAAUUAAAUGAAAUAAAUCUAACUCACCAGGAGUUGCAAAUUCUUUCGGAGUUAGACAGCCGGCAGUUUGGGCUUCUCAAGUUAAACCAACCGGAACAUGCCAAAAAAAAGGCAUUGGUUGUGAAAGCUAUCAAGUAUCUGGAGAAGAUGCUGAUACAGGCCCAAGCUGAGCAGACUAAAAAACGGAAAAGAAAAGCCGACUGUCUAGAUGAUGAAAAUUAUAAAGAUAAAUUUGAUGAUGAGGAUAAAGGAAUUAGCAUAGAUCCUAAAACAUAUUGCAAAUUGGGCCAUUUUCAUUUACUUCUUGAAGAUUAUAGCAAAGCCAUGUCAGCGUACCAGAAGUUUUUCAAGUUAAAAGCCGACUACUGGAAGGACCCUUGUUUUCUUUUCGGACAAGGACUUUGUUAUUAUCACUUCAAUGCCUACCAGUGGUGA